AUGAAUGCAAGUGACAUGAACAGAGGCACCAACCUGUUUGACGCUGCCAUAAAAGCGAAGGCAAAAAAUGAGUUGAGAGGAAUCAAUUUCGUGGAUUCAUCUGGGUUAUGUACAUGCAUACCCAAAGCUAACGUCCGUUAUAACGUAACUGCUGUUCAAUCGUUCGCUACUGCUGGCUGUAGAAGUUACGUCACCCACGAUUGUCCGGACAACUUCGACUACGUCUUGGAGUACCACAAGUGCUACAAGAUGAAGUACCAGCAUCUGGACUGGUACGACGGGAGAGCGUCAUGCAACAACAUCUCAUCCUCCCAUCCAAUCAGCAUCGAGGAUGAUGUCGAGAACGUCAUAGCAGUCCAAUACGUUAACUCCACGACAAUGGAUUAUCAAAAGUGUCCUGGCUCGUACUGGUCAAAUUGGUUCACAUACUACACUAGUGGCUUUCAGACCUACGCAGGCGGUGUGAAGACACCUUUCUAUUGGGUUCCUUAUCCAGGUAUUUCUAAACUAGUGAGAGUGAAUGGAUGGCAUGUCGGAGAACCGAGUGCGCCCAACAAUGGUGUCAACAACUGUUUGGUGACCAUCAUCACGGGUUACAUCGGUUGGGAUGAUCAAGAAUGCAGCACACCUUAUUGUGUUCUUUGCGAGUAUGACCUGGUCACCUGA